AUGGAAUUCUACGAACGAGAGUUGGAACGCGAGCAGAUGCUGCGCGAACGCCGCGAAAAGGAGGAGGGAGAGGAGCUUCUUGAGGCCAGGCGCAGGCGUCUCUUCCAAAAGACGCAAAUGCUGCAAGGCUUCUUUGGCGUCUCAGCAGAAGAUGCUGCUGGCGACAGCGAGAAUCAGAGCCCACAGAAGAAGACCGAGGCUGCACAGCACCAACCCCCUCCCUCUGCGGCGGCGGCGGCGGCUCCGUCCUCAGCAAAACCGCCUAUUCCCGCCUCCGCGCAGUUUACCGUUCCUCCCUCUCACCGCUUCCUUCCGCCUCCGUCUGGCUCCGCACUGGCGCAGAAACCACUUUCAAUGAUUCCUCCCGCCAGCAGCCUCAUGCCCCCACCGAUACCACCGUCGGGUAGGCGUGGUAUAGUGACGCCCGCUACGUUGAUCACUCCGCACACCCUAAUCACCCCUGCCAGUGGAAUGACUGGUGCCGGGCUUACCAACUGGGCGACCAGCGCUGAUUUUCAUAACGUGCACAUUCCGACUGUGACAAGAAAGAGACCCACCAGCAACGACGUCGGUGGCGCCGGCAGCAGCAAUCAGGCAGAUGAGGUGGUGUUUGGUAGCAAGGCCAGACCAGGCGCAGGCAAGGUAAUAGUUGUGAGCCCCUAGUCUGACUGUCUUGUUUGCCUUUUGGUGUGCUUUUCGACUACGGGCUACAGAAUGUCAAUUUGUGAUGGCAGUUCCCUAUGGAAAAUAUCGACCAAAAUAUUUGAGAAGGGGGUACUUCCCGAUAAUUAACUAUCCCAGGUCUGCACAGUAGGUGACUUUAAUAUGCAGUAAGGUUGUAGUCCUAAGUGACCACAAAAUAUUGGCACUUUUGUUUCAGGAUGAGCCUUUGAUAGGGCGGGGAAAAUGGACAGACUGGUCAGACGCGAGAAUCCCAAGUUUGUUUAUGUGAACUUUCGGACCCUGAUUAGAAUCCGUCGUCAGAUAUAAGAAAACAGCAGCAAAAGCCACAGAACUUGCAAGGCGAUAGGACCGACGAAUGACCGGUUUUACAAGUGUAAAUGCGCUCGCGCGGGGCAGUGUACUCCGACGGGAGGUCGAUAUGCCCGUUGGUCGAGUUUUUGUCGGAAUUAAGGCUUGGAUCAGUUUACUGCCUGUUUUGUACUUCGCUGGACGAUAACAUUUGCGGCUUCGAAGCCGAGGAACUUGCCCGUCUUGAGCGUGUGCUUAGUAGCUUGUAAUGUUACGGGUGAUUGCCGCGUCUCUCUUUGCUCACAGAUCAGAUGAGGUCAGAUACUAUGUGAUCUCAGGUUUUGUUCAGUUUGAACUAUAAGAACCCGAAUGCUAGGAUGACCAAACUUAUGGUUCCAGCACUCUAUUAACUAUUACCUAAUAAAACAUCUGGAACUCAAGAAUUUGCCUAUAUUCAAGUGAAAAAAUAAAGCAAUGCACAAACAGCGACAAACGACCUAACAAAAUCCGUCGCUAUUUCAAAACGGCCGGCAACUGUUGCCUGCUUAGGUCAAAGAGCUGUCAAAAAUUGUGCCCUAUAAAAUCGGGGUCUUUUUUCUUCGUUCUUAUUACUCAGGACACACUGAAACGCGUAUCGUCAAGGAAGGGGUUUCUCUGAUGCCGUUUUUGUAUUGCGUACAUUCAGAAAUUGCUAAAGAUGAAUGACUUUCUUGCUUUCUCGACGCUUCUACUGCUCUUUACCAACUAACUGGUAAUAAGAUUCAGAAGACCAGUUGACGGGUAUACGCGUGCUUUCGAUAAAUGCUUGUCCGAUCAGUACAUUUAUGUGAGGACGGGGUACAGAUAAGCGAGUGUUAAGGUAGAUUGAUCUAAGUUCGUCUUUUUCAUACAAGUAUUAUGGAAGGGGGAGGAGUAAUAAGAGACUAAGUUGGGAGGCAGUGAGGGUUGGGGGAGGGGGAUAGGGCGCGGAGUAGUGCAUGAGGUUAGCUGAUCUUUGGCCAUGGCAGACGCAGAGCCUGCAAGAAACUCUUCUUUGCUUUCCUGACCUAGUGACAGUCACUUCUGCUGUUGCUAGCAAACGCUCACCCAGUGGCUCAGGGCAGUUCGGCGAGACUUUGUGAAUCACGCGGAAAACUUUGUUGGCGUCCACACGAUGCCCGGGAUCAACAGAGUGGGUGACAUUGGCGUCGGCUAUGCUCUUAAUUUCGCUCGUUCCCAGCCAUGCGGAGGAUGUUCCCGUCUCUUUUCUUGGAUAGGCGCCAAAUCGUGCGACCAAUAUAACCACCAGAGGAGCAAGUAAAGGAGUAAGUGCACUCGGGCGGUAGUCUAAACUGGCAACAUAUCCUUAACUUCUCCGUGUAAGACGGUGUUGCUGCUGGGAAGGUUCUUAAAACAGCUUGCUCAAGGCGUCUCUUCUUAGCAGUUCACUCGCCGAGUCCCCUUGAAGGGGGAUUUCGGGUCCUCCUAGUGUCAGCAAUAUUAUCCGCAAUAAAUUCGCCAGGAUACUCAGUCUUGCCAAGCAGGCCUUGGAUCUUUCUCCUCGAUGCUGCCUGCUGAACAAGUCUCUCUAGCCCUUUGCGCCAAAUGACGGACUAGAUCGCGUUUCUGUUUGAGGAGUACAAAACUGCCGAGGUUUGUAAGUUGUCUAGAUCAAGUUUUUUUUUCCGGUAGAUGCUCUUUCUGACGCUACCGUCAGGUCUUCUGCGUAGAAGGACGUGAACUUAGUCGACGGAUUUGCUUGAUUUACAGCAUUGAACAGGGCAGCCACGUCGGUUUCUAUGGCGGCGAUUGCAGGAUGUCAUAGAUGUAGCGACCGUAAUGUCCUAACUUAUAGAUAUGGUAGGUUAGUUGACAUUUCUCCAGCUUGCCCAUGAAGACCGGCUGAGAGAGGUCCCGGAGGCGAGAUCGUAGUAACGCCUUCUAGUUGUCUAUAGGGUUGGUUGUCAGAAAGCGCUGGACGUUUUAUGGGCAUCUUAGUAGUAGUCCCUUUAUUUCGUUCGCUGGUAUUCCUAUUUCCCCCUGACUGGUCAAUAGGCGUCCACAGAUGUAGUCGGUUGUUUCGGUGACCGAGACGUUUGUAAAGAGUGAUGAGAAUUCAAGCGAGAACAUCGUGGCGUCCAGGCCCAGGUCUUUGACGUCAUCAAUGAAUUCGAAGGUAUGUCAAUAGCUACUCGUGAUUCCCAUAGGUGAUUUAUUUAGGCAGUAUUUUGAGAUGUACUGACUGCAAUUUCUGCGAGCCCGACUAUGAAAAGUAACGCUUUCCCUAACUACAGCAUGCUUUUAACCUUCUUUACCUAAUUAGAACAAUGCUACUGGUCCCUCGCUGGACGAGUUGCUGCAACCUUACCGGCCGGAGUUGUGUGGACCCGAUCCACCGUCGCCUGAGGGUCCGAACAAGAGCCGGUGGAGCAUGUUGGAGUACAUCUACCUGAAGACGGUCGUUGAACCACUCAAUGGCCGCAGUCUCAUUCCCGAGGUACCCACCCUGGGCGACCCACCGACCGAGGAGCCCGUCGCGGCUGAGGGCGCAUCGGCGGUGGAGGAAGGCGGUGCCACCACUGUUCCCACCCCAAGACAGGGUGCUUCGGCUGCCCUUCCACGCGGCUCUUGCGGAAUAGCCCCAAAUGUCUUUCUUAGCCGCUGUCUUCAGGAUAGUCGGUGUGGACUAUUUAUUUGAAAUGGUUGUCGCCAAAUACCUCAUGCCAUCUGCAAAUUCCAUCCGUGUAUCAUAUUCUUCAGUCCGUUGACACAGCCCAUUCCUCUCCCCCAGUCACCAAUUUUCUGCUUUCACCGGCUCAUUCUGUCACAUAAUAUACGUCUUCAGAGAGCAGAUUUGAUGAUUCUUGUCGUCACUUUACAGAAAGCGGAAAAUUCUCCUACCCGCUUGUGUUCCCCGUUUUUGCUCCUUGUGUGUGUGCGCCAGCUUUGUACCCAUUCUUCUUUGCUGCACUCUCGUUCUGCCCAUACUCCGAGGGUGUAGAGAUGCAAUUCGGAGAAAAGCGGUCGUUUAGUGUGCCAGACGAUACAAGCCAUUUCUUGCUAAAGUCAGAUGACGAAGUAGCAGGCGUAGCCCAUCACGGCGUUCCUCUGAAGACACUGACUUGAACAACUGUUGUCCACUGGAAUGAAAACCUGCUCGGUGGUGUUUUUUGAAGACCGUCAAAAGAACAUUUCUGUGCCCCCACCUUCUGCUCUGUUUAAAGACGCCCUUGAACAUGACGGAGGGUAGUGAUGGCAGAGCAGGGUGCCGGAGCCCACGCCUCAGUCGGUAAAACUUCUAGCCCAAUGGGGAACUAGACCUAGGUCUAAACCCUCUGGUCUUUCGGCACGGCUUACUGCCGACGGCAGACUAAUUUAUGAUCUAUAACUCCGGUCGCCAUGCCUUGACCAGUUUUGUCUCUGGGCUAUCGCGUACGAAAUCUCUAGACCGAACCUCCGAAGUAGAACAGAACGUCGGCCUUCCAUGCUGCAGUCAGGCCAGAUCGGUGAAGUCCACUGCAACACGGUUUUAAUCAGAUACCGACAGUUUGACCGUCGGUUUCGACGAUGUCCACGGUGUGCUCCAAAACGGGGUGAGAGCAGGGACGGUGACUUGCGUGGGAAUUAGUUUAUAGUGACAGUGGACUUGCGAAGCAUCUGCCUCACUCGCCACCCACCUGGAUUCGGUGUCGAGAAGACCGGAUGCGGUUGAGGCUGUAGGUGACUGGCGCGGCGCAAACCCGCACACAGGCGUACGACCACUUCCCCUGGUCCAUGAAAAACACUUGACCAGUACUUUAAAUAACAAAUAUGAUGGUGGGGGUGGGGCGGCUUGGAUCCCAAUUGGCGCCCCGUGAGCCUGAAAGUGGGCCUUCCACCACACCCGGAUUUUUGACAUUUGUCUUGGAUGCAAUUCCCCUAUAACGCCUGCCAGAAUUCGAUGUAGCCCUCCUGUUGGUCCACCACAUCUGCCACGUGACCCGUUUUAGGGGCAAAAUCAGAUACUACCAGUAGGCAGACCGGCUGGCGCCCAGGGUCGUUUGCUUCGCCGAAAAUGCAAGUUUGCAGUAUGCCUCUUCGAUGUGAAAGAACGACGGACAGACGACUACGGUCCUUCUACCGCGACACUGUGCUAAGCUUUCUAAAGCCGCACGUCAGAUGUAACCAUGCCUGAAACACAAUCUCUUCUAGUCCUUUCUGAUCUAGAGGCAGUGUUCUGGUCAUGAUAUGAAAUACUCUUGAAGCCUCCCGUUCGGGCCUCCGAUCAGGCUAAUCAGGAAUUAGGGUGUGGCUGAUUGAGGACGGCAACCAAGUUGAAAUCGUCAUUCCUGCAUCUUUCAUCUUUUCCGGGAAAGAUAAUUGAUCGUUCUGUGCGCAGAAGUAUAGCUGUCGUCGCACUCUCGACAUCGAGUCUGAAUCACCUAGCGUUUCGGGUUAGUCUGCUUUCAUUGGGCGGGAUAGGGCGGGGGGGGGGGAGAAGAGAAAAGCGUUACAGAAAUUGCUUCAAGAGUGACACCCUUAGCUUUAUCUCAAUCUUUGCUGAAGUAUACUAAUUACUAAGAUGUAGGCUAUGGGAGCAUGUCUCAUUAUAACAGACACAAAUGCAGACUACAUGUGCGGUCGGCGCUGAAACUCGUAACCUGCGGGCUUCGCCCGCAACUAUGCUUUAAAGCGGAAAUUGCAUAUGUAAACGUGGAGCAUGCAAUCAUUCUACAAAUAUCGUCAGGCCUACAGUUUAUUUUACCUAUUACUGAAAUUGUUCCGAAAUUACCCGUAAAGUCUUCCUCACAAACACCUAUAUACACCUGAUUAGAGUUAUUUGGAGUUAUCCCUUGGUUGGAUGCACUAGUAGAUGUGUGGUGUGUGUUUGUGCCACGACCGCGAUUGCAAAAGGCCCCGGAAAGGUUUCACAAUGGCGUUACUUGUCAAAUGAGGUUGAACGCAUCUUUCAGGUUUCAUGGUCGGUUUAAAAGAUCUUGACUCGGGAACAUGGGGUCAUACAGUCGGUCACCUGUUUGUUGACUACAAUUUCUACAGUUUUGCGUAGAUCGGUUCGGUUUUUCCCACGAGAAUUUAAAAAUUUAGAAACUGGUAUAAACAAUAUCACCAAGUAAUUGGAAUGGUCAAAAGAUGGGUGUCCCACGAUUAUGAGACCGUCCGCCCUGUGAUGUCACCGUUUGCAUUCAAAGGGAUACAUAACCUCCUUUUCGUUAGGGAAUUCCACAUAAUCGCUAAUUAUGCACUCGGGACACAUCAGAUUUACUGAAUAGCCUCUAUUAGUUGGCCUUUCGGCUGGUAAGUUGAAUUGUCGCGAAAUGCACGCACGGAUGAUAGUCCUCCUGGAUGCCCAAUGGGUUAUGAUCAGCGCCUAGAGGUGGUCAGGCCGGUAUAACCUUUUGGUUGCUUCCUAGAGGUCAUAUGUAUGUUGCAGCUGCCUCUGUUGAAGUAUUCGCCUACAAACGACAACACUUGGGCAGGAAGCGUCUGAAUAAAUGACUGUAUAGUCAGCCCUUUCUGUAAAAACGCCAACCAUAACUUUAUGUGCCAAACAAAAUCCUCCGGUUCAUCGCACUUCCACCUCUAACCGACCGUCUAGUCCAGCUGUCAGACUCCUUUCGCAGGACAUACCGGUGCUGUUUCCAACCAUCCGUCCAAAUUAAACUCCUUUUCGUCGGAGAAGACUACACUGUGUCACUGAUUUGUCCAGAUGACCUACUCUCGGCUGAAUGCAUUUGUUGUUUCUAGCGGUAUUUUAUCAGCAGCGGCAUUCUACGAAGCUUCUGAUAAGCUACUAUCGGUGAACUCCUUAGGAUAUUGUAAAUUGUACUCCGUGAAAAUUCCAAACACCAAAUCUCGUUUGCUGGUACGUGAGCCACUACCUCCCACAGACAAAGCAUAUAAUAUUGUUAUUUUCUUCGGAAGUGUGCAACCUCCCUUGCUGGUUUGCCCCUUACAGUAAUUUUCACAAACUACUAUGUAGUUAUCCAUUACGAUUUCAAACCUCUUUAGGCGUCAUCCGAUGUUUCUGCACUUAAGACGCAUUUCACGCGAGGCUGAAAUGUGGGUUCGCAAAAACUCCGUCAGCUAAACUCCUCUGGCCACUUGUAAAAAGCUACAGAUGGCUGAAUUUCGUUGGUUUUGGGAACCAAUCGAUUUGUGGAUACUGCUCAUCGGACCGUCUUAAGUCUAUUGACCGAUAACGGCGUCUCCAGCCUAAACACAACGUUACAUUUACGCUGCAUCACGUUCCCAUUCCAGAUGCGAAGGAAUGCUGGCACAAUUGACGGCAUUCUUGCUAUAUAGCCAUUUUCUCACUUUUUUUCAUCCUAAACCAUCUUCUGACGCGGUCUUGUUCACUCUAUCCAUUGCCAUUCCUUCUCAUGCAAAACUGGACCGAUCUGCGCAAAUCUUGGAAAUUUCAGUCAAAACCGAGUGGGUCAUAAUUAUGGGGCAGAUUGCAUGACUGCUGUGGUGUGGGGCAUCGUCAAUUCGUUGCUUAUUUGCGCACUUUUUGUCCGAUAAAACACACUAGUUUUUAGGCAGAAUGGCAUUACCGACAAAGACAAGGGAGACUGGAAUGACCAUUUCUGGCUUAUUAGCCGUCGUCAGCCAGCCAUACCCAAGCCCGAAGUGUGGAACACCCGAGCCUCGAACUCGCCACCUGUUGGUUUAGAAGUCAACGCCUCUACUCACCGGGCCACGAGCCAUUCUGCCUAUGUAUCAUGCGCCGCUGUGCGGCUGCUGGUUGGGCUCGAGAGAGAGUCCAUAAGGCACAACGGAACGAGUGAGUUCCGUAUGAACGAUCGGUGAGCGCCCCCUAACACACUAGUUUUUUUUGCUGUUUAGGUAUUUGCAGUUGUUAGAAGUGCCUGCUGCCUAUUUCUCUGGCCCAAAAUCGCGGAUCCCUCUGCCCGUGUUAUUUUUCUGGGUCGUGCCGUCGUCUCUAGCUUUCAAUUGGUCGGCCAACGUCACUUCGCCCACAUGGCUGACACUGAGGCCGUGAAUGAUGCCGGCGAUAAAGCCAACGGACUUCCGCCUGCGCUCGAUCUCCAACUGGACAAAAACAAGUUCACGAGGUCAUCCAUUUUCUUCACCGUGGGGCUCCCCAUUGGCCGCGAAUACAAAUCCUGCCUUGAAAAAUUGCGGUCGUAUAUGACGGGUUAUCUGAACCUGCCCAAAUUCAAGAGUACCUAGUAAGGCGUUUUCUUUUUUUUCGAUAUUUGUCACGAGAAUAUUAAUGUGCUACUGUGUAUUAUCAAGUAAGCAAUGCCUUUACCUUUUUGUUAAAGUACUGACAAGUGCGGCCUUCAGCGAAAGCUAAUAUUCAUUCGGCAAGUGCCAACCCAACGUAACCAGAACGAAAUCCCGGGCGCUAAAGAGAAGGGGCAGGAGGACUGCGUACAGAAUGGGCCUUCAUGGAAGGAACUGCAGGAAUUGGGAGUUGAUAUUCCCGCCUCACCUGAGGAGGAGUUACAGGAACUGAUCGCCCACCCAGAGGCUACAGUGCCGCCAAGCCUUGGGGACUGUAUACAACCGGAUGGCCUACCCUCACUACCCUGCGCUUUCAGAAUGACACUCACCUACGAUAAUCUGACGCUUGAGAAGGUUCUCAAGGAGCUACUCCCAAAGGAUAUGGAUGCAGUCACGGGUUUUUCGGUAAUUGGGCAUAUCGCCCACUUCAACCUAAAACCCGAGGCCCUGCCAUACAGGAAGUUAAUAGGUGAGAUCAGUGGUUAUUUUGCUUCGGAGUUAUUUGCAAAUUUAAAGUCUUUAUUCCUCCUUCUAAUCGAUUAAACCACAAUAAAGUAGAUGCACCGUUUAAGGCCAUUAAGAUGUCUGAACGCAAACCAGCCUUUCCAGCCGAAUAGCUCGUCUCCUAGCUCGUUCCUCGAACUCCAGUACAACAACAAUACGACUGGCUUACUUUAUGCAUACCCUUGUAACUGUUGUUUUCGUCCGUUUUUUUUUCUGAAAUUUUCUCGCCUCAGUCGACCGUUCCUCGACACGCAAAGCGUCAACAUCGACGUAUACUUAAUCGCAUUCGCAGGAAGUAAUUGGAUAGGUCAGUUUAUAUGCGAACUGCCCUUGACCUGUUGAGCACUGAGAGUAUUCGUUAAUGACUGCGUUGCGACGCAGUCCACACCGUUAGGUUAUUUCAUGAAAGUAAAUCAGACGGCACUGAAUAGUGACUCAAGCGACACGCUUAAACCAGCUUUUUCUUCUACUGGUGUUCGAAUCCUAUCUCGAUUUCGUCAAAAUACUCAUACGCUCCAAAUAGUAUCUAAUACAACUGUUGUACUAACUCCAUGGUAGUAGGCUUCAAUACGUCAUUUUUUGUGUGCUGCCGAAGAACUAUACACAUCUAUUAAUUUAAAAUUCCGUUUCCUUAAACAAUAACUUCUAAUCUUUAAUGAAGUUUACACUUUAAGUGCACUUAAUCAUCUCGACUUAAAAUGUGGAUCUACUUAAAUGCCUAUUUUAUAAGAAGAGGCUAGUGAACUCUUGAUUCGUCGACUCAGCAUACUUACACAAGUGGUCGACGUAUGUGGGUGCAAAUUUACGGCCGCUGAAAGGGCUGGUGGGAUUAAGGGUCCUCAAAGAGUCCCUUCGUCUCAACACCGUGUUCCUACAAGGAAGCGCCUUGUUAAAGCUAGUGUUCCAUUUUGAAGACCGGUGGGAAUAUUCUUUGCGAUACUGGAAGGUUCUUGAUAGAAACCAGACAACAAUCGCGGCUGGAACUUUGCAGAAUUAUCCGCAAAUUGAAGUAAAUAUAGGGGGUAUCAUUGAGGAGCUCUAGCAACAUAUUUGCUACAGUCUUGCAUUGCCCGACCAAUCUUAUUGAUAGGUGGAAGAUCAGUGAAAAGAAAAAAAGGGAGACUAGUGGACAAUCCAUGCCAAUCCGGAGGACAUCUAGAGGCAUCUUCGCCAAUCAUGCUGGUUGGUACGUAUGCUGCCGCCCAAACCUGCUUACUGCCUGCAUGCCCAUGUGGCCGUUAUUUUGGGCUGUCUUAUUUCUAUGAUUCUGUCUCAGUCGCAGGGUGCAUGGUACACAAAGCCUUAGCAUCGGCGUAACUCAUACGCCGUUCUUUCGGUGGGCGAUAUUGAUUCCAGGUUGCUCUUUCCGAUAGGUGUCCGUCAAUAUGCCGAGGAACAUGAGGUUAAAGAGGGCAGGAGCCGGUACGUAACCUGGCCUUACUUCAUUUGUCACUGCGAAUGCUUCGGAUACCGUUCCAUUUUCCGUGAAGCGCGCCAUCAGCCUGCCUUACCGCUUGCAUGAACCGCUCCGAUCUUCAGACUUCAGCAUCUUUCUCCAGAGUUCAUCGCAAUUCGUUGUGUCAGAGGUCUCCAUCAAAUUCACAAAAAUGGUGUAAUGGUCGGUCGGCAUUUCACCGCAUCUUUCUUGUAGCUUGCGGGCUGCGAAGGUCAUGUCCGCGGUUCCACUGUAGGUAUGGUAUUCACCUUGUGUUUCUGGAAGGAGUCCUAGCCCCAGGUGGUUGUUCAACCAAUUGAUUAAGACUCGGGCGAAGACUUUUCUGGCGAUGUUGAAAAGUAAAAUGCCUUUGUAGCUGUCACAAAGUUCCAAAUUUCACGUGUUUCUGCAUAUAUGCACGUUCGAGACAUCCUUGAAGGCUCAGGAGAUUACCAUUGUCGUCACAUGUUUCGGAACGGUGAAGUAAACUUGUCCAUUAAUUGAGGGUCGUCGAAUUUGUAAAUUUCUGUCGCGAUGGCAUCCGCGUCCGAUGCCUUUCCACUGGACGACCGUUGCAGUGCUCUGGUUAUGUACUGCAGGAAGGGCAGACGAUCGAGGUUGUCCAAUUAUGGUUUCUUCCCAAGUUAUGGACGGGUGAUUGAUUGACGCACAACGAUCUGUGAUUUCUCCGUCAGGGGGGAGUCGCUCCAUACUGACCCAGCAGUGACACAAUCCCCUUGGCCUGUGGAGCGUAGACUGCUUUGAUGACCGCGAAGAAGUCCGUCAUCUCACCGCCGUCAACAUACCCUUGGAUUUCCUAAACUUUAUGAGCCAAUCAGCCUUUGCUGCAACAGGUUUCGGCAUGGGACAUAUACUGACGUGUUGUUACCGGUUCUGUUGUUGAUGUAGGUCAUGUGUAACCAACUUUGCCCCUAAAGCGGACCACGCAGUUGAUGUGCUGGACCAACGGAGGAGACAGAUCGAAGUCUGGAAGGCGUUAUCGGGAAUGCACACUCAUAACAGAUGCCAACAUUGGGGUGUGGUGGCAGGUCCCCAGUUGCCGGCUCCCUCAGCGCCAGUUGACGUAAAAUCCUGAUCGGUGUCCGUAGUGGACCUGGGGGUGUGGUUGUACGUUUAUGUGCGGGUUUUCGCCCUGCCAGCAAUCUGCCUCCUCUCCCACUGCCGGUCUUCUUGACUAUGUCUCGACAACGGGCCCAGGUGGGGGAGGAGAGAGUGGUGAAUGUUGCACAAGUCUACUAUUACAACAGAUUAAUUCACGUGCAAGUCACCGUCCCUGCUCUCAUCCUAUUGUGGAGCACACGGUGGACAUCGUCGAUCACGACAGUCGAAUUGUCGUAACCAAUUCUUCUUGACGAGCAGAGUACGGAUUUCUUCAUCAGUGUCACCAAGACGGUCCUGGUGUUGAUGAUGUGUGCGCUAUGGGCUUCCAUAGCGGUGACCUGGAUGACAUUCUGCAGCUCCCCUGUUUGGCUUUUGAGAGUGCCAUUCGCCUCGAAAACGUGCAUUUGACUCGGGCUUACGCUCCCAUAGCCACGAAAAUCCAGUCAGCGUUUAGUCGAACAAGAAGAUACAGUAUUUGCUUUGUCUGUUUUUAGCUUACCUUGCGGCCGCCUGAAGCCUCAUCUUGCAGAUGGCAAGCCCGAAGUCUGUCCAACAGUCGGCAUUAUGUACCAUUCUGGUCAUUAAAACAGCACUCUGGUCACGCCUGCGGACGAGGACAUCGUCCAGCAGACGCCAAGGGCGCGAUCGAGGGUGUAUCCACGAUGUGACGCACGAUCUCUGGGACAAGAGUUUUGUUCGCCUGACCUUUCGGAUUCCUGAUCGAACCCAUCAUCAGAGACAAAAGCAGAUACGGGUGGUUCAUGCACAAGAGGCUGCAGUAUUUAUAGGAUGCAGUCGCCAUGCCACUGCAUACCUAUGAAUAUUCACGCCCCCCACCCUUCAUCGGGGAUCGUGGCACUUGGUGCAAUGACUGUUUGAUGGCCGACAUUCGCGUCUUAAUUUCUGCAUUUUCAUCACGUGUGUUGGAUUUUGGUGCGAUGAUUGCUCGACCAUCUGACCCACCGAUCCUGGCGUUGGGAGCGGUGUUCACCUGUACGCUCCUCGCGUGGCUAAUUACUCCGCUUAGGCGAAGUCUCAGCAUCGAGUGUGGAAGGCGAAGGUUGUUGCAUUUGUUAAUGGAUUGGGGGCCAGUGAACCAUGACUGAAGCAGCUGGUGGCUUACGCCGUUGUCGCCUCUUGCGAGAAUUUCGGCCUAGUCAAACGUGAAGGCUUGGCUGCGUCCCGUCAUAUAAGCCGCAACCCGGGGACCAGCGGCAUUUCUCCGCACCGCUGCAGCGUGUUCGGCCAUUCGCGUUCGGAGCUGUCUUCCAGUUUUUCCAACGUAGUUGAUUUGCCCGCAACUGUACUAGAGGAAGAUAUUGUUUAGAAGACUGCCCCCUGCAGGCCUGCGGGGGGGGGGGAAAUGGCCAUUGCUAUUGCAGCUGUGGCGGCCAAGCGCCCUCCCUCCCAGGCAGCGUGGUCUGUACCGUCGCGGGCAUGGAAGUCACCUAGGAUAACCAGUUUGUCCGUCUCCAAUACGGUCGCGUGUAUGAUGUUCAUGUCUUCGUAGAACUUGUUCUUCACAUCAUCGGGUUAAUUGGCGCGUGUUGGCGCAUUCGUUGUCGCGCCUUGGCAGCCUCGUGGUCACGAGACAGUCGUUUGAUACGACCCCUUCAAACAAGACAGCUAUGGGCCGACGUUUUUAGCGGUGGUUAAGGCGACUGCGACAUCUUGUCGCUAUGUUUUUCGGCGUCCGCUCCAGAAGAAAGUACAUGCCGCAUCAACCUCCUGCAAUUAUCCUUCUUCGGAGAAUCGAGUCUUACCGAGAGCCGCAAUAUCUGCGCUGCAAUGGGCCCGUUCCCGGACGACCAGAGUUGUCCUCCUUUCUGGACGGUUUGCCAUUGCUUUCGGGCUAGGCUUUCUGAGUGACACAGUUGAACAAAAGGACUGACAGGGUUGCUCACGCCCAACAGUGAGGCUACGCUCCACGGUAGAAUUUUGAUUCUACUGCACACAGGCGGUUUCUCGCAUAGGCUUCCAUAAACACUUCAGGAUUUGUCCGCAGAAUCGUUGAAUAUUUUUUUUGAGCAACUAACUCCUAAAGUAAACCAGCUAUGCACGAGGGCUUUACAAAAUCGAACGUGUUUAUACCCUUGUCUGGCCAUACACUUCACGUGCUGCUUUGAUCCUUACUAAGUUGAAUAACCCCUAAAUCGCAGUUAUGCUGGAGGUUUUCGCCUUUGCCAUUAAGCCACCCAACAAUAUACGAUGCCUUACAAGGAGGCCCUAACUGGAGUGGUACAUCGGUGGCCCAGACAACAGUAGAACCCUAUUGGAAAUCAGAAUCGUGUGUUAGGGGCAGUUGUGAGUAAUGACAGGGCGGUUUUGCCCUGUGUAUGAACUAUAAGCAGGGGAAAUUAUACAAAUAACGAGAAACUGGGAGUAUUUACGAAGCUUGUGGAUAGUGAGAUGCCAUUUGCUUUCAUUUGGAAGUGUCAGACUAGUGCGUAGUAAGGGAGCACGCCAGGCUUUGUGACCCAAUACUCCCACCAAAGAAAUGAAUAAAAGGUCUGCCUCUAUAAGGGUUACACAUACCCAGAUGGUCGCAUGAAGCUGAUAAGACCUGCUAGACAUCAGCUUCCACUCGUAUCAGCAUAUGUAUAAAGCACAUGAGUAAUUUAUUUAGUGAUCGCUUCGAGAAUUUACGCGGUGCGUGGUCGUGGGCAUUCGGAGAUGGUGUUAGGGAUGGGGAAGCUCUGAGAAAAAUGUAAAUUUAUUUUUUCCAAUUUUCAAGAAGUUUAGAACUGCAAAUAGGCAAACAAAAUUACUGAAAGACUUGUUCGCGCACCGCAAAGUGAACGGCUAGGAGGAUAGCAUAAAUGCAUAUGCUUUGAUUCUACUGUCUAUAUAUGGUUUCCUCAAUAGUCCUGCAUGGACGCUCGCAUUUUACUAGUUGAGCACUAAGCUCCUAAGGUGCACUUGCAAUGCACGGAUUCUUUACAAAAUCCAGCGAACUUAUACAGUCUUGUCUGGCCAUUUUCUCCAAAAUGGUUUUUUAAUCCUCAAGCAUCUGGGUAACUUCUAAACCGCAGUUAAAACGCAUAAUUUGAAAGAUGUUGAAUUUUCAGUUAGGUCAAGACGACAGUCAUGCACGAAUUGUGCACUUUGUUUACACAUUAAGCAUUCCACGAACUUUAAGAAAGCAGGUUUUAAUAAGAUAUUAUUUAUCACAUUUUGCAUAACGGUGCAUUUAUGCUUAUCAAGGAAGACAAAUCUUAUUACCAAAAACACCCGACGGACUUCAAAGCUCCAACUGUCUAGUCUUAUUGAGCAGGAAAACGACAAAGGCACAUUGGUGUGUGUAUGUGUGUGUGCGGGGGAAGGGGGAUAGCAGAUCGGGCAGGGCCGGUUGAAGACGACCAAAACAAAAUCAACUUAAAUGCACCGCGGCGGAAUUAGAUUUGACAGAAGACCGUAGGGAACGUACUUUGUGAUUUGCAUCGCUGAAAAAGUGGCCGCACUCUGUUUUCAUCGGAAUAGAAAAACUGUUCAAGUUUUCCAUUAUUAUUAUUGCCGUCAUAUAAACAGAGGAGCGGCUAAAAGCGGACAGUACAUUUCAGUCUCGACAAUAGGGCAAGAGAAUACAAAAACAUGUGCAGAUAAAUAAAACCCUGAUCCCUCGGGGUUCGACACACCGACAUGGAAUUUCAGGGUUGGAGUAUAAUCCUAAGACACGCCAGGGUGUUAGUUUCUGAGUGGGCAAAAUCAUACUCGCUGAAAUUACUGCCCGAUUACUACGUGUCGUCGCUAUGAAUUUUUGAUUCCUGUGGAGAUUCAGUGAUAUUGUACUGAAGAGGUGUGCAGAAAAUGCAUUCCUUGUACUCAAUGUGCAGGGCAUUAUAUUUCUGGCUUAGAGAAGGAGUGUAUUUUAAGUCAGGCACGCUCCCCUUCCCCCCUUGGACCUUUAAACGCAGCCUGCUGUGACGCUUACGCCGAGGAUUUCCAGAAUACAUGCAUUUUACUUUCCAUAAAGCGAAGUCACCAAAUCUCCGUGUCAUUAUGAAAAUAGCUCCUCAUAGUCUUCGAAUUCAGCAAUUGAUGCAGACUGUCACAUGUACUCUGACAGCGGUGUAGACGAACGUGUAGGUACCUUGCUGCCCGAUAAGGCUUUUCAACGUCCCAAAGGGGUUCACAUUUAAAGACUUCUAAAACUCACAUACAUCCUCACCUGAAGUUCAAGACUUGGCAAGCUGCAAGUUCCCACAAAAUGAUUACGAAAAGCAAUUUUCUCUGUGCCCUCUUAACAAGAUCUGAUCGUCAUUAUACGCCUAAUCAGACUCGUUUGAACAGUACAUUACCGAAAAUAUGUUAAACUGGAACCCAGUAUGUGAUUCUACAUAAAAUACUUUGCAACAACGUUGCAUGCUUGUCACUAUUACAAAGGCGCUUAGGUAAGCCUCUCUAUUCAAAGUCGUAUUUUUGAGUCACAGACAAGGUUAUUUAGCUUCCUCCAACGGACUGUUAUCAAAAAAUGGUCUUGCGAUUUGCUUUUUGUGAAUUGCCCCUUUCUCCGACAAUCUUAAAACGAAAAAUAGUUGACUUAAGUGAAACAGCCUUUAAAAGAGGUUUUUGGUAAAUUUUCAUAGUUCCUCUGACCCAUUUGGGGAAUAAUCAGUGGCCUCGGUGGGGUUUGAACCCACAUUGGCCAAUGCUGGGCUUAUGCACGACCACCUCUAUAACCACCUGAUCUACGAGGCUCUGACGGAGAACCGAGAGUUAUACAGCGUUUACUCUGUUUUUAGCUGCCUCUAUGUGCUCAUAAAUACAGUAGGUGAGCUAACUCAUGAAAUGUCAGCCGAAAUUCCGAAAUGCGUUUUCGAUUCGAAAAGAUUAAUUAAGUAGAUGUGUAAAACUAAUCGUCGUGCAGCAUAAUUAUAUAGUGCAUCAGUUACCGUAGGAUUCCCGCUUUCGAACAAACUUCUGUCCGGUUGCAUGCAGUUUUUUCGUUUAUUUUCGAUACCUUUGGAAAUUCAAUCAUAUUUAACGGAAAACAUGCAUACGAAUAUUCAAUCUUCUGCCCUCUCAGUAGAAACUUACGUCUUCUUCCAAGUUUAUACUCGAAGGAAGGGUAUAAUUCGCUUUUCAAAAACUUUUCCAAUUCCCGAAUAAUUUUGAACCCGACCUGCCGUUACCCUUGCAUCCAGGGUUUGCGAACCACAAACCGUAUGUUUUCCGCGUACUGAAAGCCAUACAUCUCUCUACGGUAUUAAGAGGGGACCGUAUGGGGUUCAUAAGCUUUGGCAGUGGAUUUGAGCCAUCAGAGGCAUGACGUUUUAUGAACGGCCAUUUCAUAGUAUUAAAAAUCUCACAAUUAGAAACUUUUAAAAACCGAAUUAUACCCUUCCUUCGAGUAUAAAAUUGGAAAAAGACGUAAUUUUCUGCUGAAGGAGCAGAAUGUUGAAUAUUAUAUGCAUUUUUUCCGCAAAAUAUAAUUAAAUUUCUAAAGGCAUCGACAAUAAAUGGAGAAACUGCAUGCCACUUAAGUAACCAUUUUUUACAGGGUAAAGUUUUUGCAUGCAACCAAAAAGAAAUUCAUUUGAAAGCCGGCAUCUUAAAGUGACUGAAUUAUUAUAGAAUUAUGCUGUCCGAUUAUUAGUUUUACAACCCUACUUAAUUAAUCUUUUCGAAACGAAAACGCAUUUCGGAAUUUCGGUUGACAUUUCAUGAGUCAGCCUACCUACUUUAAGCUGUCAUAACUCCAUACCUGUGUUUUUUGCGUGAAAUUAGCCUGAACGUUGGGAAUGUUUUACUCAUGGAGGCAUGUUAUGUACGCAUUUUUUAAAGCACGAUUAGUACAUUCCACGCCUUCAUUGUAGGGUCACAGGUAAGUUCACAAAAUGCUGGAAUACAUCUGCAACUGCCGACAUAUUUCAUAAACAAAAUAAAGAAAUCCACGUACACCCAAAUAUGCGUAUAUUCGCCUAAAUAUCUUAAGCAGCCCCCAGAGUCUGUACAGUAUUUCAUGCCCCCUGCUUUUUAAAUUAUGCAUAACUUCCACGAGUGCGUUCUAUAGGAGAGCGUUUUAUUAUUUCCCUCAGGCAAAGUGAUUUGCAUUUCACGAUUGCCGAAACCAAUUAAAAAAGCCCCACUGUUUAGGCUGCGUAUGAUUAACCUUGAGGGUCUAUGGCUGCUGGGGCGACGUAUUCCCCAAAAUAUCGGUCGACUUGGCACUAUACUCAGUGCUUUUCAAUACAAAAUGCCGAUUUGUAACAGAUCAGAUGCUUCAAUUGAUGUAAUGUCAAUGGCGGCGUACGUGUAUAUUCUGAUUUUUAGUCUAUGCAGUCUAAACGGUCUGGUUUUGAACCUCUCAUCCUCUUUGCCAUUCGUCGUCAGCCACAGAGGAAUUCCGUCAAUUCUCAAACCGUGCGGGGUUUGCUCAGAAAUGCCAGCUUUUCUAUGCAUGACGAGUUGCCAUGCUUCAACUUGUUUACCGACGUCGACGGUGUGGGAGGAUUUCUUUUUUUCGACUUUACUGCAGUUUUCUCCUCUGGAACGCUUUCUUGCCCACACAAAAAGAGUUCUACAUAGUCUCCAUUCCCUCAAAUCCGGUCUUUUCUUUUUUUCGCAAUCUCACCUAAUCAAAAAACGAAAAUGAACAAAUUGCACCGAAAGGCGAGGUUGUCCUGGAUAAGCUGCCUCAAGUACGCACUGUGCUUCACAAGGCUUCGAAAAUCGACACUGACUUUCGUACCUUCAGCGUGGACCUUAUGGCUGGAGAACCGGUCUACCUGACCACUGUCAAGGAAAACAACGUCUCUUUCAAACUGGAUUUUUCCAAAGUCUACUGGAACUCACGUCUAGGUAGGAGUUAAUAGUUUCCUCCUCCUUCCCCUUCUCCCCGCUCCCUCUUUUUUUUCUCCUUUUUUAUCAUCAUUUGCGCUACUACUACUACUACUACUACUACUACUACUACUACUACUACUACUACUACUACUACUACUACUAUUACUACUACUACUACUACUACUACUACUACUACUACUACUACUACUACUACUACUACUACUACUGCUGCUGCUACUACUACUACUACUACUACUAUUACUACUGGCAGGAUGCUGCCUUUCCCUUCUUUUUAGCCAGGGACCCUUGGUCGUUAUCUCCUGGACUUUGGCAGCUGUCUUAUUUCGGAAGAGCCCAGUAUACUGUUGAGAAGUUGUUCACUGGGGACGAUGCGAACCAAUACUGUUCGGGGAGAUUUCGUAGUUCAGGUGCAGCAUUGAUUCCACUUAUCGCCCUUCGGACGUAGGAUGAGGGCAAAAUUGACGGAGAUGAGCAUGGGUGUAGAAACUGCUCCGGAAGUUUCCCCGGUGUGCGGGUAUUAGCUUGUCAGUUCACUCUAGACGGCCGCGACCCAUUGGCACCUCACAUUGCCGAGCCGCCAUUGUUAGCUGGCUACCAAACCUGAAGGCCGACUCAUCCGGUUAGUCUGGGAUCUCCCAAUACGCGACAACUCGGCCGUCGUUACUGACGAUGUCCACCGUCUGCUCUGCAGUAGGGUGAGAGCCGAUGACUUGCACCUGAGGCAGUUUAUAGUCGUAGCAGACUUGCGCUGCUUCUGCCGCACUCCUCCUCCUCCCCCACCCGGAUCCGGUGUCAAGACAGAGUCAAGAAGACCGGAGGCGGGGGAGGGCGCAGGCUGCUGGCGCGGCGAAAACCCGCACCUAGGCGUACUACCACCUCCCCUGAUCCACAACGUACACUGACCAGGAUUUUGUACUUCAACAGAAAUAGGAGAGUGGCUCUGAUCCCAACUGACACGGCAUGCGCCUGCAACUGGGACUACCACCAUCACGCUUCCAGUGUUGGCAUUUUUCAUGGGUGCGCCUGCCGGACUUCGAUAUAGCUCCUGUCAGAUUUGGGUUGACCAUUAGACUGUCUCAAGCGACGACGCUCUGCGCGUGCCUAAUGCAUUAGAUGCAACUCUGGUGACUUAAGCCGAAGCUGAGGAGACAGACUCGCGCAGCAUCUACCGCGCCCACCCUUCACUUGUCAUGUUCCGAUGACCAAAGAAGGUUGAGAUGGCCGGAACUGGGCGCGGGCGCAGUAUCUGACAAAGCCCAUAUAUGGCAAUCCCACCUGGAUGAAAUCCGAGUCGUCCCGUUCUGUGAAGAUCUGGUACAUUGUGCUAGUAUCAGGUCGUGCGUGGCACGUGUAGACGGACUGUUUAGCGUUGUCAUCUACUGCACCUAAGUCCGCCCGCGGUCGUCCUGACUCUGUCUUACUACAUAGCCUAGUUGGAGAAGUGCGUGCGGUAGAUGCGGCGAAAGUCCGCCAUCACUGUAAACUAGUUCAUGCGUCUGCCACGUUGUGGGGCACACUGUAGACAUAAUCGUUCGCCACGGCCAAGCUGUAAUUGCUCCCGCACGUAGGGGCCGCAACGUUUGUGCCGCUGACAGAUUCUGUACGCAUUGGUAACAUCACAUCUUGAAAAUCUGUUUGAUAUGCCUCGGGCAGAUUGGAUAAUUGUUUUCAUUCUCGGGAACGUUAUGUACGCAACUCCCAGACGGACCGCGUUUACUCUAGUUGCAUAUAUUGGCGAAGGAGAAUGAUAAGCGCGGCAACGGAGGAGGGGGACAGAAUAAAACAGAUUUCUUCCAGGAGCAGACGUGAAAGAGGUCGGUGCGCUGUCACGACGCGGGAUGAAUUCGUCAAGUUUCUUCAUGGGGCGAUCGAAUUUUUGCAAACUUCCGGUAGGCGCUAUUCACUGUAAUUCUGGGCCAUCAUCGCGCCCACCCUCGUUGACCACUGGUACUCGAUUAAAAAAAUCUGCUUCGUCAGCUCUAAUCGCCACGUGCAGAGAUACGCGCCGGACGUACUUCCGGCCGAGUCAUCUCGUCUUUCGGUCAAAUUCACAAUCGUUCGGCGUGGAGGAUGGAGUGCAAAUGGGAAUUUCCACAGAAAUACCACUUAUACGCAUUUGUUUCUGCUUAGAAACACUGUAAUCGCUGAAAGGCACCCCCAUGCCUCCGACGCAGGAAUCAACAAAGUGUCCGUAGAUGCGUGCUACCACUUUUUUGCUGCUGUUACAUUUCGGAAAUACGAGUGUUUCACUGGGUCUCCUAGUAUUUUUCAACUGGCCACUACUUUAAAUUUGGUUAGCAACGAUGCGUUGCCGUCUGGUAUGGCGAAGUUGAGCGAAAUCGGAGUAAGGUAGACAGAAGAAGAACUUGUCAGACUUACAUUAACUACUCUCAACAGCAUCGAGACGGCAGCCUAUGGCUCCCAACUGCAAAUAUAACAACAGUGUACACACUUUUAACACAGAACAUUGUUUCAUCAUGUCCCCGGAAGGAUUGUUCGCCUCCUGCAAGCGACGAGGACCUCGGCCGCGCAGCGAUGACUUGCACCUGAACAUGAUUAUUAUGAUUCAUGCGUAGAUGGGACCUGAGGCACUGCCUCUUUUUGUAAAAACCUGGUGCAUUGUACGAGGACUGGGUUUGGUGUGUGUGUCACGCGCAAUCGGGCUUGUUAGCUACCGCGCCCUAGCCCGCCCCCAGUCGUCCUAACUCGGUCUUGCCAUCAGAGCGAGGGGAGAGUGCAGCAGAUGCCGGGUAAGUCUGCCCUAUUAUAAACUAAUUCACGCGAAAGUCGUCACAGGGGGUGAGCGUUGUCGCUUGCCAGGGUCGAACUGUCAGUGAAGCAGACGUCCGGAUUGCAGUUUGUCAUUCUUCAGUGGGGAAGAGGGCCAGGUUGCCUUACCACUUGUCAAAAUUCAAAGCCACGACGGCUCACUUGGCGUGAAGCUCAGAAUUCCGACACUAUGCCUGCAGUAAAUCCGCGUAAGUUCAAAUGGAGGUAGGAUUGGUUACAGUGGUGUCGACUUGGCGUACAGUCAGUUCGACCGUUGCGAACGACGAGAUUUACUGUGUGCCCCAGUUCCAGCAGGAUGGAACUUGGGUGGGGACUUGUGUGUGAUGGUAGACUUGCGCCGCAUCUACUGCACCCUAACUUCUCUCUUCUAUCUGAUCUCAGUGCCAAAACAGUCAAGAGGACUGGAGGUGGGAUCGGGCUCAGUGACCUGUCUACGCCUGCCACAAACGCCUCCUCCAGGCACGAUGAACAAGGUUUUAUCAGUUCAGUUCAGUUCAGUUUAUUUGAGGGAAAUAUAGGUGUUAAACCUUUGAACUCCCUAUUUGUUACAAGGAGGCCAACAAUAAAAAAAAUUUGAAAAUGGAAACAUCAAACGGUUACAGAGUUUCUUCAGAUUGGCAACGUUUUGUAAGCCAGAAACAAGUUUGGGCACGGCUCGUAUCCCAUCUAAGUGGGAGUGCCACAGAGGUCUCCUUAUAGUUUCAAGCGCGCUGAUCCGGCGUAAUACCUCUGUUGAGCACGUGCUACACACAGACUCAUUAAUUGGUCACAUUGAUAUUUACCUGAGACUUCCCAUUAGGGUCAACCUAAAAGGGAACCAUUGCAGUCUGGUGAUCGUUCAAAGGGAGGACAAGAUUAGAACGUCGGUGGUCAACCUGUCAGGCUACUAAUUUGUGCGUGUCGGGUUAGUUUCGAAUGCGUUGAAUUAGCCAUUACUGCAAAAAUUUUAGGGAUUGAGUCGACAUAAUGAAGGAUAUUUUAUAAUCGACCUGACUCGUCUCCCUAUGCACUAUUAACCUCUCUGAAUCUGUCUGCUGACUGAAGAAAGGGUUAAACUCAAUAACCGAUGUGACAUAAAACCCCCGUCUACGUGUCCCCCCGAUCUGUACAGCUUCAGUUGAGGACACACGCACAGAUAGUGUUAACCAAAGCCCACUCGCGGUGUUUCUCUGGACCAGACAGUUGCGUUCUGACAACUCCACUCCAGGUUUGCUAAGAAAUUUCUGAGAAACUUUCGAAUCCCCACUUACUAACUGGGUCUUUACCCAUGACAACAUUUGAGGCGUCAGACGACGCACUCGGGAGCCAAACCCACUGCGCUUGCCUCAUACAGCAGCAGCAGCAGCAGCAGCAGCAGCAGCAGCAGCAGCAGCAGCAGCAGCAGCAGCAGCAGCAGCAGCAGCAGCAGCAGCAGCAGCAGCAGCAGCAGCAGCAGCAGCAGCAGCAGCAGCAGCAGCAGCAGCAGCAGCAGCAGCAGCAGCAGCAGCAGUAG